AUGUCAAUAGACUCGAUAGCCCUCGUCUUGGGAUCGGCCGCCGUUGGCUUGGCCCCACUGAUCUGCUUCUUUAGUCAGAUUAUUUACCCAAAGUCUCAGCUACUGAUUGUUGCCAUUAGUGCUGCCUUUUUCUUUUUGCUUUCUUCUGUGGGCAGUGGGUUGUUUUGGUAUAUUUUCAAUGAUUUGAUCGGUGUCUCGUGGAAAUGGUUUGCCAUCGCACCUGCCGUCUUGUGCCAAUUCCUUGUCCGUGUGGGAUUUGUCAAGCUGUACCACCAGGUUGAACAGGCCGUCGAACAGUCAAUCGCAGCCUCCGAGGCCGAGCGCGAAGAGAACGCUGGUAGUGAUGACAAUGCAUCUACAACUUCUGAUGUCGCUACUGCCAAGCUUAAGCUCGAACUCAAUGAUGCUGCAAGUGGUCUAGCUGCUGGUGUUGGUUUCGGAGGAAUGCACGCAAUCUUAUUUUUUGGUUCGCUUUUGGCUAGUGAAACAGCAACAACUGGUGUUCUUUACCAACCAAGUUGCCCAUAUGUUCCAAGUUUGGCUGUCUCUGCUUUGAACUGCUGCUGCUUCUUUUUCUUGGACAUCUUUUGGAUGCUUUUCACUUUCUUUGGAGUUCGACGACGUGUCAUCUUCCCCCGUGGCGGAGGCAACCUUAAUGAUAUGAACCCUCGACACAGACAGUUUGGUUCCUAUUUUGGAAAUACUCGAAUGGGCGGAAACAUGGCCUUGAUCACGGUCUUAGCUUCCCACUUCGUCGCCGCUGGCUUCACAACACUCAACCAGUACAACCAUGGAUGCACCUUUUCUUUGCCCCUGUUAUUUAGUACCGUCCUUUCCGUCUUGUGGCUGUUCCGUGCUGGAAUCAGUAAGAUCUACAAGCCUCUUCCACACUCCAGCCAAAGACUAAGUCUUCCGGCUUCUUUCAGCUACGCCAGCCACGCUAGCAGAGUGGGUGAAAAUGAAAAUGGCAUGGAUUAUGUCGAACAAAUGAGAAGUACGGGAUAA